UUGAUAUAAUGACUGUACGUUUACAGUCUGUUUACAGUCUGUUCAGGAGAACCAGUCGGAGCAGCGGAGUGUCAGAUGUCUGUGAAUAUUUUAGAAACUGAGUAGAACUGGAAUCCCCGACAUCAUGGUGUGGUAUUUCUUAUAGGACAGGAUCGAUUUAAAAUGUCUAGAUAAACAAAUAAAACACACCUGAGCUUUAGUGAAAGUUUUCCUUUAAUUCUACAUUUGACAAGCAUUUUUUACAGGAGUAAUAUUACUUUUUCUUUUGUUUGUUUUUUUUUUUUUGCUCAAGUGCUCAUGUCGUCAGCCGUGUGGAGUUUUGUUUUUUUCUUUUCUCCGUUAUGCUGACGAUUGAAUCACCUUUGAUCUUGUCGAAGUGCCGUUAGCUAACAGUUAGCCAGGCUCCCUGGCUACUGAGUAACCUCCGACACCGUGCUCUACAAAGUGUCCGUGUACAUUAGUUAUAAUUCACUGUAUUCUACAGUGAAUUAUAACUGAGCUCAGACUGGAGCUUGUGGGAUUUUUGUUUUUUUACUCAAUGGCCUUUCUCCACAUCCCCAUGAAGGUGUCACUAACACAGAGUAAAGUUUUGUCAAACUACGGACGACACAGGAGUCAUCGGAGCAGCCGGUCUGAAACAACGGAAACAUCAGAGGAGGCCGAGACUGGAUUAGUUCCAAGUGUUCAGGACUUUGAUAAGAAGCUCGCUGAAGCUGAUGCCUACCUGCAGAUUCUAAUAGACCAGUUAAAGCUGUUUGAUGAAAAGAUCAAGGACUGCAAAGAAGAUGAAUCACGUAGAAAAAUAGAAAAUUUGAAGGAGACCACAUGUAGCAUGGUAGAGUCCAUCAAGCACUGCAUUGUACUGUUGCAAAUCGCUAAGGACCAAAGUAACGAACAGCAUCAUGCAAACGGACUUAUAAGCACCAUUAACCCAGUAGAUGGGAUCUUCCAGCCGCCUCUGGACACUCCUGUAGUCGACACCACGAUGCCAACACAGACAGCACUACCAACAGACGGUUCUCAGGUGUGUAAAUCAGACCAACGACCUUCCACGUUGCCUGUGGGUCCUGUUGUGACCAUCAUGGGAAGUCUGCAAACCCCAACUCCCAACAGCACAGGGAGUGGUCCCUCAGGCCCCAGCAGUGGCGUCUCCUCCCCGGCUCACAUCCCUCUGCCUUCGCACUCGGUGCCAGAUUUUUCCUACUCCUCCAGUGAGGACGAGUUUUACGAUGCCGACGAGUUUUACCAGACCAGUACUUCUCCCAAACACUGCAUAGACCCCUCAGGUCCUGCAGCUGCGACACCUCUGACCAAUGAAGAGACAGUGUUGAAGAGACCCAACACCACAGAGUCAUUCAACUCGUCCAUGUCCAAUGGAACCACAGACGCAGAUAUGUUUGACAGCCACGACGAUCGUGACGACGAUGGUGAGGGCGAGUCUGUGGAGGAGCACAAAAGCGUCAUCAUGCAUCUGCUUUCUCAAGUCCGUCUGGGCAUGGACCUCACCAAGGUGGUGCUUCCUACUUUCAUUCUAGAGCGAAGAUCUUUAUUAGAAAUGUAUGCAGACUUUUUUGCACAUCCCGAUUUGUUUGUAAGCAUCGCGGAGCAGCCGGAGCCUCGGGAGCGAAUGGUUCAGGUGGUCAAAUGGUACUUGUCCGCCUUCCACGCCGGGAGGAAAGGCUCGGUCGCCAAAAAGCCUUACAAUCCAAUCCUGGGAGAGGUUUUCUACUGUCACUGGGAUCUGCCCAGUGAGGCGGACGAUGCUUCACCACUCAUGGAGACGGUCUCUGAUGGUCCCAUUCCCUGGUCGUCACCCAACAAUGUGUGUUUUGUUGCAGAGCAGGUUUCUCACCACCCGCCCAUUUCUGCAUUUUAUGCCGAAUGUUACAGCAAGAAGAUCCAGUUCAACGCUCACAUCUGGACAAAGUCAAAGUUCUUAGGAAUGUCCAUAGGUGUCCACAACAUCGGCCAAGGUUGUGUGUCGUGUUUGGAGCACGAUGAACACUACAUCCUCACCUUUCCUAAUGGAUACGGCAGGUCGAUUUUGACUGUGCCGUGGGUGGAGCUGGGUGGUGAGUGCAACAUCUCCUGCUCCAAGUCUGGCUACAGUGCAAACAUAGUGUUCCACACCAAACCCUUCUACGGAGGAAAGAAGCACAGGAUCACUGCUGAGAUCUUCGCACCCAAUGACAAGAAGUCAUUCUGCUCUGUUGAAGGAGAAUGGAACGGAGUGAUGUAUGCCAAAUGGGCGACUGGUGAGAACACGAUCUUCACAGACACUAAGAGGAUAGGAAUCAUAAAGAAGAAGGUCAGGAAGCUGGAAGACCAGCUUGAAUACGAGUCCAGAAGACUGUGGCGAGAUGUGACUCUGAACCUGAAGCUCAAAGACAUUGAUGCAGCAACCGAAGCCAAACACAGGUUAGAGGAGAAACAGAGAGCGGAGGCAAGAGAGAGGAAGGAAAACGAACAGCAGUGGGAGACGAGGCUUUUCCAUGAAGACGGCGAGUGCUGGGUGUACGACGAGCCGCUAUUAAAGAGAGUAGCCUCUCAGAGGCACUGAGAAGACAACACGCUCUCUGACACACACACACACCCCCGAGUGUGUGUAAAAACAUGCACACACAGCAGAGUCUUCAUAAGAACUCUUUUGCAGAAACCACUUUCUUUUCGAGCUUUGGAAUGACUGGUGAUUGAACGUGUACACAGCUUUGCAUUUAACUGAAAAACAACAACAUGGAAAUGAAUGAAACCCAAUAGUGGACGCAUCAAAAUUGUAACGUGACGUCCGGCGACUCUCCUCUCCUUAUUAUUUGAGCAAACUUGACUUUCGCAGCCAUCGCGAGACUCGUCAGCGCGUACAGGAGAUGAGAGCAGUUCCAUGUCUCCACCCUCUCCGUCAGCUUCACAACGCCACCUGCAGUCAGCUCCAUGUGACAAACCAGAGCCGCACCCAUUCCUUCACACACACACACGGUCCCCCGUUGGGACAUGGGUUAAAAAAAAGAAAACAGUGUUUUGUUGGUGUCCAAAUCACAUUAACCUUGACAAAGCAAACAGCGCUCUACAUCUCAGGGAACCUGAUGACUGAGGCGAAGGUUGUUGGCCCCUCUGAGAGUCUGACAGCCUUAGAACUGUGGAACGGACGAAUCUUAAAGGGCAGAGGAGAAAUUCUCUGCUUGCCUGCAACUAGUUAUAACUCUUGUUUAUAUAUAAAUAUACAGAUAUGAUAUACAAAUGAUGGAUAUAUAAAUAUAUAACCUUUUUUUAUUUCCAAUUGCUAUUUUUGUUUAUUUACUUUUCUGCCAAUAGUGUAAAAAUGUUCAAGGGUAUAAACUUGAUGGCUUAACUCUAGAAAUCAUUCCAUUUGUCAUUUUGAUAUUCUGCACAGAUACCCAUUCAGUCCUUCACAGUUCCUACUUAAUGUGCCCUGCAGAGGUCCACCCCCUGCAUAUCCCACAGCACACAUGUAUGAAAUAUAUAUGCAAAUUCAAUCAUUUGUUUUGUUGCCUGCAAAAAAAAAGAAGCAUUACCACGUCCUCAAUGCCAAUAAAGGUUUUGUGAAAAAGACUGUCGGGAUCUAAGCAGAGGAAGAAAAAAAAAACACAGUCCUCUGAAAAUGCUUCAGUUCUUCCUGACUGCAUUCAUGAACAAACAAGUGUUUACAUAUUUUAGACUUUCUGAAUUGCUGGUGUGUGACGAGGUUAUAAAGCUUGGACUGAGUCUGUGGAGUCUCCCUCUGUCCUGGUGUUCAGAGAGGACGGCUCCAGUGCUGUCGGGAGGAGCGAUCUUAUGAAGUGCUGCUACAUUUAAAGAUGCAUUCACUUUUUUUUCGUUUGUUAAGAACCACAAUUUUCGAAAUAUUCUACAACAUACAUCUGCUUCCAUGCUCUUAAGUAACAGUUGCAACGGUUGUUUUUUUUAAAUGCCAUGAGACCAGGAGAAAAUACUGAAAAUUACAAGACGCUGGAAACACCCCAGAAUAUCUCAAUAACCAGUAUCUAAUAAUGCUCCCUAAUGAGUCAGAUUAAGUGAAGAUGAAGUUUUAAUGUUAAAUUCUGUUGAAUCUUGUGAAGCAUUUUAUGGACCUGGUGCUGUAUGUGCACCCAAGAAAAUGCUGAUUACAAAACGUGUGGUUGCUGUGAUUGUUUAAAUGUCUGAAGCAUCAGUUUUAAGGGACACUUGCUAAAAAAAAACCUGUUUCUGAAAUACUUUAAAGUUAAUUUAUUUCCUCCAUAUUAUUUCUUUGUAUAUUAUAUUCAAUCGAGGCCUUUCCAUACAUUUCACUUUUAAUAUCACCUGAAGGAAAUUAAUCAAAACCAUUUUUUUUCUUUUCUGAUCAUAAAGCCAUUGAUUGUAACAAAUUCUCCUGUUUAUCGAUGCCUAAUAUUAAACCUCCAACAGUUUA